UCGGCCCCCCUGGCCCUCACCCACCCCAGAGGGGCCUUCAGCUUUGGGGAACAGGGGCAGGGCCGCUGGGGAGGGGCGAAAGGCACACAGCCUCCCUCCUCCACUUCCCCCUCAUUCGCUGCCUCCAGCCUCCUGCGGCGGGAAGCGGGGACUGGCCGCGGCCAGAGUCCGGAGGCCGGGGGAGGCCGGCCGCAACUUCCCCAGUCCACCUUAAGAGGACGAUGUAGCCAGCUCGCGGCGCCGACCUUAGAAAAACAAGUUUGCGCAAAGUGGAGCGAGGGGCCCGGCCUCUGGGCAGCCCCCGGCGGCGCUUCCACCGUCUCGCAGCCCUCGCAGGCGGCGCAGCCGCGGCCCAUGGAGCCCGCCCGCCCGGCCCCCGGCCGCCUCGGGCCGCUGCUCUGCCUGCUGCUCGCAGCGUCCAGCGCCUGGACAGGAGUGGCGGCUCAGGAGCUGCAGGUGAUUCAGCCUGAGACGUCAGUGUCGGUCGCGGCUGGAGAGACGGCCACUCUGCGCUGCACCGUGACCUCCCUGAUCCCCGUGGGGCCCAUCAGGUGGUUCAGGGGCACAGGGCCAGGCCGGCAGUUCAUCUAUGAUUUGAAGAAAAGCCACUCCCCCCGAGUAACAAAUGCUUCAGACACCACAAGGAGAGACAACAUGGACUUUUCCAUCCGCAUCAGUAACAUCACCCCGGCAGAUACCGGUGCCUACUACUGUGUGAAGUUCCAGAGAGGAAGCCCUGGUGACGUGGAGUAUAAGUCUGGACCAGGCACUCGGCUCACUGUGAGUGCCAAACCCUCUCCUCCCGUGGUAUCAGGCCCCGGCACGAGGGCCCCACCUGAGCAGAUGGUGAGCUUCAACUGCACAUCCCACGGCUUCUCCCCCAGAACCAUCUCCCUGAAAUGGUUCAAAAAUGGGAAUGAGAUCACAGCCUCCCAGACCAGCGUGGACCCGGAGGGGGACAGCGUUUCCUACAGCGUCUCCAGCACAGCCAAGGUGGUGCUGGCCCCAGGGGAUGUUCACUCCCAGGUCAUCUGCGAGGUGGACCACAUCACCCUGCAGGGGGGCCCUCCUCUCCGUGGGACUGCCUACUUGUCUGAGACCAUCCGAGUUCCGCCCACCUUGGAGGUCACCCAACAGCCCAUGGCAGGGACCCAGGUGAAUGUCACCUGCCAGGCGAAGCAGUUCUACCCCCAAGACCUCCAGCUGAGCUGGGUGGAGAAUGGAAACGUGUCCCGGACAGAAACGGCGUCGACCUUCACGGAGAACAAGGACGGGACCUUUAACCGGACGAGCUGGCUCCUGGUGAACUCGUCCGCCCACAGAGGGGAGGUGCUGUCCUGCCGGGUGGAGCACGACGGGCAGCCGGCGGUCAGCGCCAACCUCACCCUGGAGGCCUCUGCUCCCCAGAAGGACCAGGACACACAUGAACACCCUGACAAGCCUGACAACUGGCACAGUAUCUUUAUCGCGGUGGGCGUGGUAUGUGCCUUGCUGGUGGCCCUGCUGAUCGCGGCCCUCUACCUCCUCCGAGUCAGACAGAAGAAAGCCAAGGGCUCCACUUCUUCUACAAGGUUGCACGAGCCCGAGAAGAACACCAGAGACACAACCCAGAUCCAGGACAACAAUGACAUCACCUAUGCUGACCUGAACCUGCCCAAGGGGAGGAAGUCCACCCCACAGGUCGAUGAACCCAAUAACCACACGGAGUACGCCAGCAUUCAGGCCCGCCAGCCGCCUGUGUCCGAGGACACCCUCACCUAUGCCGACCUGGACAUGGUCCACCUCAACCGGGCCCCCAAGCAGCCAGCCCCCAAGCCUGAGCCAUCCUACUCGGAGUAUGCCAGUGUCCAGGUCCAGAGGAAGUGAACAGGGCCCCGGUCAUCUCUAGGGUCUGUCCCCACGAGCCUUCCUGUCCCAUGUGGGGCAGCCAUGAUGAGGACGGCCAGCUCAGUUCCCAGAGGGUUGGGGUGGCACAGGCCCUGCGACCUAAGGGUAAGGGUCGCUCUUGUCUCCCCAACCCAGUUGGCUCUCCAGCAUUUCCGGGGUGGCCGUGCUCCCACCCUGUGUUGCCACACAUGGAGGCUGGUGUUGCCAGACCAGGCGGGGAACUGACCUGGGAACUGGCUUGAGCCUCUAGGGGUGCAAGAACUCUCAUGCCUUUGUUCAUCAACCGUGGGUCUCAGUCAUGGUCUUGGAGACCCCUGACUGCCUCCUUGAUGCUCCUCAGCCUGAUCUUCCAGAGUGAGGAGGGAGAAAAGCCACCUCCUCCUCCUCCCAGUAGCACCCAGCUGGGCUUUGGGAAGAGCUUUCCCUUUAGAUCAAACUGCCCAUCCACGGAGAAGUUGGGGGAAAAAACUGGGACCCGCAUCCCAAGACUUGGUGAGGUGGCUGCCAUCAGUUCUGGUCUCCCCAUCCCGGGACUGACGGGCCACAAGCCCUGGGGAGGAGAGGACCCUCUGAGGAACUUCCCCACCACCAAGGACCGAAGGACAAAACCUCCCUCCUCCUCCCAGCCCUCGAGACUCCUGGAGGAGCCGUUGUCAUCCAGACCCAGAUGCUCCACUUGGCCCCACCUCUCCUUUCCAGACCUGAGCUUGCCUCCUCCAGCUAGCACUAACUCACAACAUCUCGCUGUGGACGCCUGUAAAUUAUUGAGAAAUGUGAAAUGUGCAAUCUUGAAACUGAGGUGUCAGAAAAUUUGAUCUGUGGUGUUUUGUUCUGUUUUCUUCUUAAAACAACAGCAGUGUUAUCCUGGCUCUUUGUCAUGUGUUGAAGUACGUGGUUGGGUCUUGCGCAGUCUGAGAUCGAAUGGUUGGUUGUCCUGGAGGAAUUCUCUUAAGGAAAUAGAGUUCCUCCAAGUCCCCAAGCCCUGAGGGCGGGGAAGGAGGUUCCAGGCUGGCUGCUGCAUGGAGCCACUUUGCCUUCCCUCCACGUGGCUGGUACUCCUGCCUUCUGAGCCCCCAGGGUGGUAAAUCCGAACCUGCCCCAUGCUUCCCCAGGCUGCCUCCUCCGUGCAGCCUGGUCGAGACCUAAUGCCUCAGUCUGCUCACCUGCAAAGAGGGGAGAGGAAAGACGCCAGACCCAACUCCAUCUCUCACAAGCACUUUAGGUCCAUGCGGGGUCGAAAGUUGUGCCUGGCUGUUUUUCCCCGCCUUUUAGCAACCUUCCCCCAUUCCAGCUCUCUGAGCUCAUCUCUGGAGGAAGCUUCUUCCAUUUCUGUUCUCAAAGCUUACUGGGAUCAAACUGGAAUCAACUGAAAACAGCCAGGAAGUCAAGACUGUCCCUCUGUCUCAGGAGGCUGGGCAGAGCCUGUGACCCCAUUACCCUUGGACCCCCACCCUUCCAGUACAGUGUGGGGGCCUGGCUGGGCCCAGGGCAAGCAGAUGUUGCAAGCCCUGUUCAUGUGUGACUGCUCAACUCAGAGCUGAGAUGCCGAUCUUCACUGCCCCCUGAGCCCAGCCAUUUGAUGCCCAAGGGACUCCUGGCUCAGGCUGUCAGAGCCAGGCGCUAAGCCAUCCUGCCCAUCAGCAGGUCCUCCAGGUGGAACUCCGGGAGCCCAGCACAGACCCAGCUCUCUGGAGGGGCAGUGAUUUGGUGUUUUACAUGAUUGCAUCCAAGAAUCAGCUGAGCCAACAGGCCAUGUGGGCAGCUUUGGCCCCACGAGCCAGAGUUUCUCUGUGGCAUCUGGGAGCUCAGUGGCCUGGCCACCUGGCUCGGGCCAUUUCCAGAUUCCAAAAGGUUGGUUUGUAAACCUUGGUCUCCCUAUCUUCUGCCCACAGAGAACACGUGUGUGAGCACACACAUGCACACAGAAUUUUAAAAGAAUGUUUUCUUGGUGCCGUUUUCAUUUUAUUUUAUUUUGAAUUUUGGAAGGGGAAGAAGGAUGGAGGCCAGGGAAGUCACGUAGUUUAGCUUCAGCCCGGCAGCCUGGAGAUUUCCAUACCUUGUGUAUCGAACCCCAGGAAAAGGAAGAGGUCGAAACAACAGUGCGGAAGGAGUGUGGUUUCGGGAGUUUAUUUUAAGACUGCGGGGAAGGAAACAGGCCCCAUUUUGUAUAUAGUUGCAACUUAAACUUUUUGGCUUGCAAAAUAUUUUUGUAAUAAAGAUUUCUGGGUAACAACA